AUGGGCAUACUGCCCAGGCAUCUGGGCAAGGGCGGCUACGGCACCGCGCUCCUCAAUGACCACAAGGAACUCGUGAUGAAGUACGCGCAGACCCUGCACACAUUCCGAAGCUUCAUCGUGGAGGCGAAGACGAUGGCGCUGUUUUGCGAGUACCACGGAGUCCAGCGCCUCGUGGGCGUGUGUCUGGAGAAGAUGUGUCUCGUGACCAAGUACGCCGGCCAGAGCCUCGACGCCCACGUGGUCGGCCGCAUGCACAAGGAGCACAGGAUAUCUGUUGUGAAGCAGGUAUGCAACAUCUUGCAAAGCAUGCACAAGCAUGGCUUUGCUCACAACGACAUCAAGCCAGCCAACGUGUGCGUGCAGAUGGGCGCGGAGGGACCCCGGGUGACCUUGAUUGACUUCGGUCUGACCAUGGUGGCCGGGACGCUGCCGAGGCUGGGGAUCCAGUGGAACGAGCGUGUGUGCUACGCCCCCGAGAUCUGCGGGAGAGAGAAGGCGGGCCCGUGCGGCAGCCUCUCCGACGUGUACGCCGUGGGCAAGCUGCUGCUGUUCCUAUUCAGGGGGAACCAGAUGCCGCAGCUGCUCAAGUGCUGGUUCGCCAAGAGCCAGGACAUGAGGCCGAGGGAGCGCCAGGGCCUGGGCUCGCUGCUGGAGGCCCUUGAGCAGGAGAGGAUCCGCCUGUUCCGAGGCUGCUACUGA